AUGCUUCCGGAAUCUGUCAGCAACCUUUACAAGGAUCUCAGGUCCGUCGCCUGCCGGUUUAAGUCUCCAGCAUUUGGGAGUUAUUUCCUCGGGAAGGUUGAAGACGAUUUCAAGGAUAUCAAGCUCAAGUCCUGCGACGGGAAAGACGAAAGGGCGAUUGAGAGGUAUCUGGAGGAGCAGGGCAAGCUACUGGAUGUGCUUAAAAGGCAAACAGAUAUCUACAAUAUGUUUUAUGACGACUCAAGUUGGAUAUGA